AUGCAAGCAUUUUUUCAAGCCCAAGCCAAGUUCAAGGCGGACAAUGGUCUCGCAAAGAUUCCUGUGGUGCCAAACAAAAACUACAACCGCCAUGGCAGAAAGUCUUAUGUCCAUCUUCUGAACAAGUUCAAGUUUGAGCCGACGAAGCCUGGACCAUAUGUCCAGACACGAAGAAUGGCCCAAAGGGGACUUGCCGCCCCUGGUUUCAACGCGCCAGUAGGCGGUCGAGUCUCCAUGAGCAAGGUUCUGGUUAAAAAGACCGAGGGUGACCAGCACGGAGAAGUCACCGCCGAGGACCAGCAGUAUGACUCCAUGUAUCUCUGCGAGGUUUCUAUCGGAACACCCCCGCAGAAGUUCAAGCUGGACUUUGACACGGGGUCCUCCGAUCUCUGGGUGUUCUCAAAGGAGCUCAGCAGUUCCCUCCAACGCAACCAUAACGUGUUCGAUCCCUCCAAGUCCUCAACUUUCAAGAAGCUAGAGGGCAAGACGUGGAAGAUUUCGUACGGCGAUGGCAGCUCGGCGUCGGGCGACUGCGGUACCGACAACCUUGUCCUCGGCGGGCUGACGGUCAAAAACCAGGUCACCGAGCUCGCUGCGCAUCUUGCCCCGCAGUUCUCACAGGGAACAGGUGACGGUCUCCUUGGCCUCGCCUUCAGCUCCAUCAACACGGUGCAAAACAAAGGUGGCGCCCGGGACCCACAGGCCACGGCAGUCGACAACAUGAUCGCGGAGAGCGAUAUCCCCAAGGACGCAGAGCUGUUUACGUCAGCGUUCUACAGCGAGCGCGAUGAAAGCAAGCCGCGGUCGUUUUACACGUUUGGGUGGAUCGACACGGAGCUCGUUGAGGCUUCCGGUGAGGAUAUCCAUUGGGUCGAUAUCGACAACACGCAGGGGUUCUGGAUGUUCUCCUCGGAAUCAGCAAGCGUCAACGGCAAGGCUGUCGCGCAGAGCGGAAACAAGGCCAUCGCGGACACUGGAACGACUUUGGCCCUCGUCUCGGACGAGGUAUGCCAGGCCUUGUACGACGCGAUUCCCGGCUCCAAGUACGACGAACAACAGCAGGGCUACGUGUUCCCGACCAGCAUCAAGGCGGAGGACAUGCCCGAGUUCAAGGUUGCUGUCGGUGACAAGGAGUUUGUGAUCCAGAAGGAGGACCUGGCGUUUGCACCAGCUAGCGACGGGUUCUGGUACGGAGGCGUGCAGUCAAGAGGCUCCAACAAAUUCGACAUCCUAGGAGAUGCGUUCCUGAAGUCAAUUUAUGCAAUUUGGGACCAAGGAAAUACGAGAUUCGGAUGUGUGCCUAAAAUCGAGAAGACGCAGAAUCUUCAACCUUCAUCGUCCUGA